CGGACGUUUCAUUUCAAUUCUUGCGAUUAAGACAGCCACUUUUUAAAAGACAAAUUAAAUUUGCUUGCCGAUAAAGAGACACUCGUUAACUCCAGACGAUUUUUUGCGUUUCAAAAGAAAUAGUGUUAUUCCCUUUCUCAUACGAUUUUAACGUUAAUUGUUCAGUUUUAUAUUACAAACAUCAGCAGAAAAACUCAAUUGUGUACAUAAAUAGCAGAACGAGUGCAAAUUCCGUUUUUCAUAGGAAUUUUUUUUUAACCAUUGAAUCAAAAUGUCACCAUUAACGCACAACGGAUUAAAUCGCUUCAAGGCAUUGUACUUGAAUGAGGAUGGAGCUGAUGUGUGGUUUAAAUUUCGGUCAGACCGAAUUCCAGCGCACAAACUAAUCCUAACUACAAUGAGUCCAUGGCUAAAUACAAUGUUUUUCGGUUCAAUGCCCGAAGGUAACGAAGUCGACAUGAUCAAUUCACAAGUGUCGGCCAAUGCUUUCAAAGAAUUUUUGCAAUUUUUCUACAUGGAUGAUGUAAACCUGAGCAUUGAUCACAUUGAAGGUGUAAUUGAUUUGGCAAAGCAAUCAUUAACCGAUCACAUUUUUAACGAAUGUGAGAAUUUCCUCAUGAAAUCGAUAACAACCGAUAAAAUGUGCUUUGGAUAUCAGUUGGCCUUGCGCUACGGUGCCAAUAAAUUGAAAGCAAUUUGUGAAGAAGAGAUUUGCGUGUAUGCUGAAACAAUAUUGCGUUCAUCAAGUUUUUUGGAGUUUCCAUAUGAAUUUCUUGAGAAUCUUUUGAAAUGCGAUGCAUUGGCAUGCGAAGAGAAAGAUGUGUUUAAUGCAUGUAUUGCUUGGGCAAAAUCGGUUUGCAAACUACAUGAAAAGGAUCCAUCAAAAGCUGAAAAUUUACGUGCCGAACUCAAAGACACCGUUUAUCAAAUUCGCUUUGUUUCGAUGACAAAAGAAGAGAUCGCCAGUUGUAUUGCAUCUUAUCCGGGCCUUUUUUUCGCUGAUGAAUUGGAAGAGAUCAUUUGUAUGAAUGGCCAAGUUGGCGAAGUCAUGGCGAAAAAAUUCAAUUGGUCACCGCGGUAUUUCAAUCUUCAAUGGGACAAAGGACGACAUUUGGAUUGCAAUCGAUUCGCAAAAUGGAAUUUAUGGACCAUGCACAGGUUGAAAAAAGUCGAAAAACUACUGUUUACCACCAAUCGACGCGUUUUAUUGAAUGGUUUUAUAUGUGAAUGCGGCGAUGAUUGCAAUAAAGAAGUCGAUAUUUUGAUCACCGAAAUGAAAAUCAAUGGGCCGGAUAUCGUUGAACGAUACAGCGAAAAACAAGUAACUUUGGACUUUAAUUAUAAACGCAACAAGUGUGAAUCGUAUUUAGCGUUGGUAACGUUGAAGAAAGCAUUGUUGCUUCGGCCCAAGUAUAAAUAUGAAAUCAAAAUUUCAAUCCGACUCGAUGAGAUUGAGAAGAAUAAAAAGUCUUUCAGUAGAACCACUUAUAAGAAAAACGUUCUGUUGGACUUUGAUAUUAAGUUGCGAUUUGAAGAAAAGUAUGGAUUCAUUUCACAACUCAAUCUCAUCCGCUUUGAUAAUAAAAAUAUUGUCCAGAAACUUAUUCACAGUCCAUUGGCAUGGUUCGGAAAGGAACAUUGAUGGCAAAGCCGUAAUGUAGUUUAAGCUGCAUUUUUACAGAUUAAGUUUUAUAUCAAUAUUAAUUUUAAGUUUUUUUAAUUUUCUUAUUUUAAAGCGAUUUUUAGGGAGAUCUGAUGAAAAAUGUAUUUGGCUCACUUUAGAAUUGAAAUAAAACCUCAUAUUAUUAAAACUUA